GAAAGGUGAACAGAAAAAAAAGGAAGGAAGCGGUAACAGCAGCAACGGCAGCAGCAGCAGCAGCAGUAGUAGUGGAGCUGACCGGACGUGAACUUCAUCGAGCUGCUCACAACUAUUGCUGGAAUAUACAGAGAAUUACGACUGAACUCAAGAAAAGUAAAGUUCCCGUAAGAGUUUAAGAGCUGGCAACUAUGUUUUAAAGAAGGUGGCUCUUCCGCCGCUGGAAAAGUUCAGCGUAGUCGAUGGUCAGUAUGUUUUGCUGCAUAAAGAAGUGUCUUCAGACAGGGACAUGGUUUUAACCAGGAUCCUGACAAUCUACCUCUACCUCUAAGUGUGGUGUCUACACCCUCAGUUUUCCCUCAUAGGACUAUCAAAGACUCCCUUUUUACCUCAGCACGUACUGUACUCUCACAGAGCUGUUAUCAGCCAGCUCAAAGUCAAUUGGCCCCUUGCUUUAUCACUGCUGUUCUCAGGUGCCAAUUCUCCAUUGAUAUCACUAUCUGGCCAUGCACUGGGAGGAGCUGCCUGAAGCAACAAUGUCACAUGUACAAUUUUGAUGUGUGAACCCUGCAGCGAAGCAGGGGAAGGACAGGAGUUUGGUGACGAAGACGUUCCUUUUUUUGUUGUUGGUCGUGGACAUGACAAGUGGGAUUUUGUUCAAAUGGAGCCAGACAUAAAGCACGAGAUGUGUCCAGAGGAAGAAAUGGAGGAGGAUGAAGAUGAGUCGCCAUCAGAGCGACAGAUUGUUGUUGGCAUUUGUGCUAUGAUGAAAAAAUCCAAAUCCAAGCCCAUGACUGAGAUUCUGGAGCGCCUUUGUAAGUUUGACUACAUAGAUGUGGUCAUCUUUCCAGAGGAGGUGAUCCUGGAGGAACCUGUGGAGAAUUGGCCUCGCUGUGAUUGUCUCAUCUCCUUCCAUUCCAAAGGUUUCCCUCUAGACAAGGCUGUGGCCUACGCUGAGCUCAGGAAUCCACUGCUUAUCAAUGACCUCAACAUGCAGUAUUUUAUACAGGACAGGAGAGAAGUGUACCGGAUCCUACAGGAAGAGGGAAUCGACCUUCCUCGAUACGCAGUGUUGAACCGAGAUCCUGACAAUCCUGAAGAGUGUAACCUUGUAGAGGCAGAAGACCAUGUCGAGGUGAAUGGAGAGGUGUUCCAUAAACCCUUUGUAGAGAAACCAGUUUGUGCUGAAGAUCACAAUGUCUACAUUUAUUAUCCAACAUCUGCUGGAGGAGGCAGCCAGAGACUCUUCAGAAAGAUAGGGAGUCGCAGUAGUGUAUACUCCCCAGAAAGCAGUGUAAGAAAGACUGGGUCCUACAUCUAUGAGGAGUUUAUGCCCACAGAUGGUACUGAUGUGAAGGUUUAUACAGUAGGUCCAGACUACGCCCACGCUGAAGCACGAAAGUCUCCUGCAUUGGACGGAAAGGUAGAAAGAGACAGUGAGGGCAAGGAGAUCCGCUACCCUGUCAUGUUGACUGCAAUGGAGAAAUUAGUGGCCCGCAAAGUCUGUCUGGCUUUUAAGCAAACAGUUUGUGGGUUUGAUCUGCUUAGAGCCAAUGGUCACUCCUUCGUCUGUGAUGUGAACGGUUUCAGCUUUGUUAAAAACUCCAUGAAGUACUACGACGACUGUGCCAAAGUCCUUGGGAACAUGGUAAUGAGGGAGUUAGCCCCACAAUUCCACAUUCCCUGGUCCAUCCCAAUGGAGGCCGAAGACAUUCCGAUUGUCCCAACCACCUCAGGAACCAUGAUGGAGCUGCGCUGUGUUAUUGCCAUUAUUCGCCACGGAGAUCGUACACCAAAGCAAAAAAUGAAAAUGGAGGUUCGACAUCCUCUGUUUUUUGAGUUGUUUGAGAGACAUGGAGGCUACAAGUCUGGAAAGCUGAAGCUUAAAAAGCCUAAACAGCUGCAGGAAGUUCUAGAUAUUGCACGCAUGCUACUGGUUGAACUGGGCCAACACAACGACUGUGAGAUUGAAGAGAAGAAAUCUAAACUGGAGCAACUCAAGACUGUCCUGGAGAUGUACGGUCAUUUCUCAGGUAUCAACAGGAAAGUCCAGCUAACAUACCUGCGCAAUGGCCAGCCCAAAGCCUCCAGUGAAGAAGAAGAUUCUAAGAAGGAGGGUCCUUCUCUGCUGCUGGUGUUGAAAUGGGGAGGAGAGCUGACUCCUGCAGGCCGAGUUCAGGCUGAGGAGCUGGGCAGAGCCUUUCGCUGCAUGUACCCAGGAGGCCAAGGUGACUAUGCUGGGUUUCCUGGGUGUGGCCUCCUUCGUCUUCACAGCACUUACCGCCAUGACUUGAAGAUUUAUGCCUCUGACGAAGGCAGGGUGCAGAUGACAGCUGCCGCUUUUGCCAAGGGCUUGCUUGCUCUUGAAGGAGAGUUAACGCCAAUUUUGGUCCAGAUGGUCAAAAGUGCCAACAUGAAUGGGCUACUGGACAGUGACAGUGACUCAUUGACUGACUGCCAGCAGAAGGUGAAAGCCAGACUCCAUGAGAUCAUGCAGAAGGAUCAAGAUUUUGCAUCAGAGAGCUACGAGAAGUUGGCGCCCACAGGUAGUCAUUCACUAGUGAACUCCAUGAAAGUCAUAGAGAAUCCUGUCAAAACCUCUGACAAGGUUUACGCCCUCAUCCAGAGUCUUACCACACAGAUCAGAAAGAGACUAGAGGACCCUAAGUCUGCAGACUUGCAGCUUUACCACAGCGAGACAUUGGAGCUGAUGUUGCAGCGCUGGUCCAAACUAGAGCGAGAUUUCCGCAUGAAAAAUGGUCGAUAUGACAUCAGCAAGAUCCCAGAUAUCUAUGACUGUAUCAAAUAUGAUACACAGCACAACUCUACUCUUACAUUGGAGGACACACUGGAGCUGUUUAGACUGUCUCGUGCCCUUGCUGAUAUAGUCAUACCACAGGAGUACGGCAUCAGCAAAGCUGAGAAGCUGGAUAUCGCUCAGGCUUAUUGUGUUCCUCUGCUGAAGAAAAUCCAGUUGGAUCUACAGAGGACCCAUGAGGACGAGGCUGUUAAUAAGCUGCACCCACUAUAUUCCCGGGGUGUGAUGUCUCCUGGUCGUCAUGUACGCACACGUCUCUACUUUACCAGUGAAAGUCACGUCCACUCUCUGCUCAGCAUAUUCCGCUACGGAGGACUGCUUGAUGAGGAGAAGGACCAGCAGUGGAAACAAGCAAUGGACUACCUGAGUGCAGUGACUGAGCUGAACUACAUGACCCAGAUUGUCAUCAUGCUUUAUGAAGACAACAACAAGGAUCCUUCCUCAGAGGAACGCUUCCAUGUUGAGCUUCAUUUCAGUCCAGGAGUCAAAGGUUGUGGGGACGAUGAGGAAAACAUUCCCCUUGGCUUUGGUUUCCGCCCAGCCUCCUCUGAGAAUGAAGACAAAAAGCCAAAUCAAGGCAGUCUAGAAGACUUGUCUCAGGACCAACCAGAUGAGGCACUUCCUCUUUCUGACCCAAUCAACAUCCAAAAAAAAUCUCCUAUGAUUCGUAACCGGAAGGGAGGCUCCAUGGAGGUCCUCUCUGAGACGUUGCCCACCCAGUCCUCUAAAGGCAGCACGUCCCACCGUCUCUUUCCCACGUCUUCACGCCACUCUCCUGAGAUCAAACCAAGCAGUGGCCUAGGCUCGCUCUGCUCUGGCCUCUUCAGUGCCUCGGUCCUCGGCGUGUCCUGCAGUGCCCCCAACCUGCGGGACUAUGUCCGCACACACCACCACCAUCACCAUCGAAAACCACCACUGUCCCCUGGCAGUCUGCCAUGUCAGAGUGGCAUGUUUGAGCUGUUCUCUAUGCCGGCAGUAAAGAGAUUUUCUGUGUCGUUUGCCAGGCAUCCGACUAAUGGUUUUGAAGGCUGCUCCAUGGUGCCCUCUAUCUACCCACUGGAGACACUGCACAACCUGCUCUCACUGAAGCAAGUGGAAGAGUUUCUCAACAAGGUGUGUGAGAGCAGCAGCGAGGCCCAUGCCAAAACCAUGAAAGCUCUCUCCAGCCUGUUUGACUCUCAGAGCCAGACGUCUCUGUACGGCCUGCAGCAGACUCUGUCCUCCUCUGAAUCAGAAACAUCUCUACAGCCUCCAAGUCAGCCUCUGUGGCAUGGCAGUGUACCCUCCAGUGCUGUAUCCAGUGCAGGCCCCUCCUCCCCGGUUACAGAAAACUCUGGCAUGAACUUCAGCUUCAGUGAAUGAAUUGGAGAAUAGGUCAGUUUGUCUUUUCCUGUUACACUUUCAGGAUCUUUUGCCUUGGGUGUUACAAAAAGUCAGACUGUAAUUAAAAACACCUUUAAUUGUACAUUGGUUCCUGUGGAGCAGCUGGAUGAUGCAACACCAGCUCUGCUCCCGACAGAGAAGCUUCAGAGGACUUUCCUAAGUUUGUAAAACCCACAUCCACAGAAGCUGUGCCUUCAAUAUAGUUGCCUUUAAAAUCCAAAACCCAAAUCUGUUUUCAUUUGAACCUUCAAGCUGUCACAUAUUCACAGUUGAGAUUUUAUCAAGUAACUGUGUCCUAUUUUCUACUUCUGACUGUUGCAUUACAGCUACACAAUCUCAGUCAACUGUAAUCUAGACAGGGAAUGAAGCUGAGCCUGAAAUGUCAGAUAAAAAAAAAUCCAGGUAUGACAAAUGUUUUCGAUUGUUAAGACUUGAAUGUGUUCUUCAAAGUAAAGAUGGCACACAGGCAUGGACCAGGUAUCACUGAUUAACAUACUGGAAUACAGGGGGUGUUAGACACACUAACUCUGACAGUUUCUGCUGGUCCUGAAGCUGAAAACCUGCUGUGUAAGGCUUUAGCACAGGGUUAUGACUGGAAAAGGUCGAUGUAUUUUUCUCAAAAUAGCGUUUCACAUUUUCAUCCCAGUUUGAAAAGAUAACUCUGCUUCCUGGACCUUUUUCAUGGACCAUUUUAAAAAUCCAACUGCUGCGUAGCUGGUGUAACAUUCAAUUACAUUUACUGCCUCGUGACGUAGGUGUGUUUUUCUGGAAACAACAGAAUUAUAGGAGUUGUAUUCCUAAAUGGGGCUGUAGAUGUCCAUACAAGUUUUUACUACACUGCUGUGUUGUGACAGGUGGACCUGGUCUGUACUGACCACUGGUUCUAGAACUAAAAUGACUCCUAGUGUAAACCAGGGUAAACAUAAAUGUACUGACCUGCCUGGACCUGCUGAGACACAACAAAUGUCUGUAUAUUUUUGAUGCCAUUGAGAAAUCUUUAACUUUGAAUAGUAUUAAUAACUUUUUAAGUCCAUGUGUUUCAAUGUAGUAAAUUUUACUUGAGUAUUUAUGUGAUUAUUUAAAGUGUUAUUUAAUGCCAACCAAAGACAUUUGUGUUUUCUGUGACACGUUCGGUCACUGUAGAACAAAGGCCAUAUAAAUGUGUUUAAGUGAUAAUUAAAAAAAAAGUUAAAAACAAAAAUGAGAAUAGUGUGUGUGUGAUUCUGGUACAACUACCACGUGUGUUAAGCUGUGGGUGUGUACCUACAUUAAAAUAUCAUAGGGAGCAUUUCUGCAAUUCUGACCUUUAGCCUCUUAGUGGAUGGUCAACAGGUCAGGUGACCACACUUACCCAUUGGU